GAACAGCUCAAUCGCGCUCAUGGCAACGCCCACCAAUCGACGCAACCACGCAACGGACAAUGCGGUCGGCGCACACCUUUCGUAUCCCCCGGCGGAAACCAACCACGCACUUCAGGUUGGGGCCCACUCACUGACACUCGAGCCCAAAGAGGAAAUCACAUGGCGGGAUCCGCAGUUCAGUCACUAUAUGACGCCCCCACGGUACGGGCUUCCUUUUUCUCGCCUCCCUCUCUUCAGACGAUUCCGUCACGAGGGGUGCGGUCCUACGCGCACCGCAAGUUCGUCCUACCAAAUAAGCUUCACAGCCCCUGUCACGAGGGUCCCGCGCGUACUUUGAGUUUGUGCGGGCCCACGAGCCCGUGAGUGUACGUCGCGGAUGCGUGGGGAGUCUACGUACACGUAGCUUGGCCGCGAGGACUCUUCCGGGCAUUAAAAAGCCGCAGCGCGAAGACGAAGAAGCGGAGAGAGAGGACUCAAGCCUAAAAUAGAAACCAUGGCGAGCGGGCGCGGCGGGGGCUCGACGAAGGCAACAACGGCAGCGGCUCUGGCGGCGGGCGGAAGGGGUGUGGGGAUGCCGGAGGCGGAGGUGGAGCAGGUGUUCCGGCGGUACGACGCGAACGGCGACGGCAAGAUCUCGGCGGAGGAGCUGGCGUCCAUGCUGCGGGCGCUGGGCGCCCCGCCGGAGCCCGGGGAGGUACGGCGCAUGAUGGACGAGAUGGACGCCGACCACGAUGGCUUCGUCGACCUCGCCGAGUUCAUCGCCUUCCACUGCGGGGACGGCGCCGGCGGAGACCAGCAGGAGGACGCGACGGAGGCGGAGCUGAGGGAGGCGUUCCGGUUGUACGACGCCGACCAGAACGGGCUGAUAUCGGCGCGGGAGCUCCACCGCGUGCUGCGGCAGCUCGGGGACAAGUGCUCCGUCGCCGACUGCUCGCGGAUGAUCCGGUCCGUCGACGCCGACGGCGACGGCAGUGUCAACUUCGAAGAGUUCAAGAAGAUGAUGGGCACCGGCGCCGGCCGGAGGAAUGACAUGUCCACCCACAGGUCGCAAUCGGACACGACAACCUUUAGAAGCCGAGUCCCCCGAUCUGACCCAGGUACCAGAAGGAGAUGGGCCCUCAAAUAGGGAGCAAUCAGGAUGUGAGAUGGACCAGUCAUGGAUGUAUAAAGAUCGUGGGCCAGAGUUCUUUGUUAGCGUUGAGGAUUUUUUGAGGGCAACCGUAGAGUAUAAUAAGCCAAAAAGGAAGUGUGCUUAUCACUAUAUAUAUUGUCCAUGUGUCAACUGCAAGAACGAGAAGCAGUUUUCAAACAUAGAGCAGAUCCGUGCACACUUGAUUCGCAGGGGUUUCAAGGCUGACUAUACCCAUUGGACUGAGCAUGGUGAACUUGAAGAUGUUGGGUGUGAAGGGAAACCAAAAGUCAAAGAAGACAUAGGCAGCGAUAUGAUGACUAACGAAGACUUCAAUAUGUCAGCAUUUGAAGAUACUUUUGUCGAGAACGAUGGAGGUAAUAAUUUUGUUGGCAACAAUGAAGAAUGCUUAGAGCAAAUGUUGCUCGAUGAUGAGGGGGACUUCACUAGUGAAAGACAACAUCAAAAGUUCCAACGUAUGGUAGAAAACUCUAAAACACCAGUUUAUCCGAACUAUAAAGAUGAGCACAACAAGUUGCAUGUGGUGCUGACAUUGAUGAAAAUGAAGGCUAGCAAUGGUUGAG